AUGCAUCUAUCCGACCCUCUAUCCACGGCUCUCUUGUUCGGGCUGUUUGUCAUUGUUGCCGUCUCGCUCAGGGGUAAAAGCACCCAUCUUGGAUUCACACGCCUGGGCAAAUCGCGACUUUGGACAUUUUUCAGCUGGCAAAAGUCAACUCGCUUUGAUCUUCCUAGAUAUGCAAAGAUAGGAUAUGAGAAGUUCAAUAAAGCGCUGGGAAAGCCCUUUGCUACGACGGUGUUCGGCCAUGAAUACGUCGUUCUUCCGUCAAAAUACCUCGAAGACAUCAAACGAGCGAGCCCAAAGAGCCUGAGUUUCUUCCAGGCCCUCAGUGAUGGGCUCAAUAUGGAGGCCUCUGUUGGCCAUCUCUACACCAGCACAACGGAGAUCGACGUCGUAGUAAAGCAUUUGAAUCCUCAACUCAACUUCCAUAUCUACCGAACAAACCAUUCAAAUGCUAACGACGAUACAGACUGGAAGAAAUUCAAUGUUUCUAACAUCGUUGCUUCCAUUGUCCAUCGAACAACGAACCGGAUCCUCGUUGGAAAAGAGCUCUGUCGGGAUGAAGAGUAUCUCUCGAUCACAACCGGAUUCUCUCGAUCACUCUUCCUGCACGGUAUCUUCUGGAAUUUCAUCAACCUGGGACCGCUACGGAAACUCGUCGCCAGGCUCACCAUUUGGUUCCAUCUCAGGGAUCGAGAUGCUGCUGCAAAGCUGCUUCUUCCCCAUAUACAUGCCCGUCGUCAGGAUAAAGAAGCGUCUUCUAAAUAUCAAGACGCCCUGCAAUGGACACUCGACACGCCACCUUCUUUCCCUGGGGACGAUGAGCCUCUGCACCAGGCAUAUCAUAUGCUUCACCUUACAUUUGCAGCGAGCAGCGCCUCCGGUGUAGGAGUUACGCAGUGUCUGAUCAACAUUCUCGCAUACCGCGAGUAUCUCGAGCCUAUCCGUCAGGAGAUUGCUACUGUCAUCGACAGACAUGGAGGAUGGACCGAUAAAGCCCUCUCGCAGAUGGCGUUAAUGGACAGUUUCAUCCGUGAGACCAUGAGAUUGCAUCCUGCUGGCUCUUUGACGGUGGCUCGAACAGUGAUGGACGAGCAGUUCAGAUUCCACGAUGGCCUGACUCUGCCCAGGGGCACGAACAUUAUUGCACCAGCUCUGGCUGUCCACUAUGACCCGGACAACUACGAAGACGCCCACCGAUUCGACGGAUUCAGGUUUGCCCGAUAUCGACAGAAACAAGGAGAAAGCCAUCGAUGGCUGGCAUCUACCAUCGACCAGAAAUUCCUUCAGUUUGGCUACGGCAACCAUGCCUGUCCAGGGCGAUUCUACGCCGUCCGCAAGAUCAAGCUGGUUCUCGGAAAGCUCCUGAUGGGCUAUGAUUUCGACUGGGCGCAGCCUCGUCCCGCUGGAGACCGUCCGGAGGAUUUUGCAAUUGAGGCCCAGAUGAUGGCGGCCCCGGAGACCGAGAUCUUGAUCCGCAGCAGAACUUAG